GGAAGUUUGGUGUCUGUGACGUCAGUUUUACGUUGAGAAUCAGCUGAUCCGCCCAGAUUCAGAGGACUUCAAUCUGUAACGGGAAGCGGGCAAACGGAAAAUUGAAACGGACUCGUCUGUUCUGUGGUUGUCAGAGAAAAAAGAACCCGCCUGUCUAAAACUGUCCAGUAUUUCUGACAGAAAUUUCUGCUCAGUGUUGGAUUGGACCAUGCAGACAGAAAGGAACAGGAGAGGAUUUAAGCAGCAUUUUGUUGAACGUCAGCACUUGAAGCUCUCAGAUCUAAAAACAGAAGCUGAAAAUGCAGGUUUGACAAACAAAUACCUGAACAAAACAAACAUCCCAGAAUAUCCUAAACCAGAGUUCCACACGAGUCUUCUGAAACAUGAAACUACAGGAUCAGCGUUAGGUGGGAUCAGGAAGGAUGGAGGCUUCAGGAAUCCAUACGGAGGACCCCUGAUAUGGUGGAGUCUGGCUGUGGGACCAGAAGAGUUGAAGGAUGCAGAGGUGAGGCUCGUGGAGAAGACUUUCCCAGAUCGGAUGGAGGUAGAAGAUCCUGAGCAGCAGAGCUUCCUGUGGAGGUUUGCCACCUCUCCAGCCUUCGUGGAAACAUCCCGGCUGGGCACGUACCGCUUCACCUUCCCCCUGGAGGAGGUUCUGACAGCCUACAAAGACCAGUUUUGCCUGGGAGCCCAACCCAUCAUGCGGAUGUACAGAACCGUGCUGUACUCACAGGAAGUAAUGCAUGUGGUUCUGGUCCAUAGUCCGACCAGUGAAAAGGAGUACUCCCAGUACCCUUUUCUGAGUGACCGCCCAGAUGCCGUGUGUGUUUACAGAGACGGUCAUUUUAUCUGGAGGCCAGAGGCCAUGUGUGGAACUCAUUGGUACGAGCUGAUCUACAGACAUAAAACCAGGCAGCUGGAAGCCUGGAGUGCCUCCUCCCCUCCGUUUUAUGUUUGGGAUCAUGUUGCUGUCGCCCUCCAUGUUGGUCAGAACCAGGUGUUGAAAUUUAAUGUUGAUCAACUCAGAAACAACCUGAAGUUUUGCCAGCAGGAUGCAGUGAACUAUGGCCAAACCAGUGAAGACCCAGAUGGUUCUGAUGAUGCUAAAAUGGUGGUGAAGAGACUGUGGCCAGGCUGGAGUGGCCCUCUGGAGAUGGAGAGCUCACUGAAGCAGCAUUUUACAGUUACAGGCGUCCAACUGGUUCUAGUUGGGUGGCCUGGAGUUGACAAGAGCUUCAGUGGGAACACCAUAUUAGGAAGAAAUGCCUUCAGGACCAGCGGUGGUGCAGCCAGUCCACCCUCAGGUAGAACCCGGUGCUGUCUGCAGAGAGGAAACAUCUUCAACACGGAGGUGACCAUCAUCAACACUCCAGGAUUCUCAAGAACAUCCAACCCUGAGGGGAGGAAGGAGAUCUUCAGAUGCAUCAACCUGUCGACCCCAGCAACCCACGCCAUCCUGCUGGUCAUCAGACUGAGGUUCAUCACUACAGAUGUUGAAGAAACAGUGAAGCAGAUGGAGGAGAUGUUUGGGGAAAAUGUCUGGAGCCGCACCAUGAUCCUCUUCACCCACCAGGACCAGGCUGAACCAGACAUCCAGAGACAUCUGCAGCAAUGUAAAGCUGAGUUGAAGGAGCUUUUCUUUAAAGGAGUUGAUACAUAUCAGGUCCUCAAUAACAACCCUGGCCACAAAGAUUCCCAGCAGGUCUGGGAUCUCCUGCAUAAGGUCGCAAAACUGCUGAGUAAACUUAAGUAAAUUCUAAAGUAUGCAGUGAAGCCUUCAUAUCAGGACGCUCUUACUUUGUUUUUCCUCUACUUCUUCUACUACUUAAAAGCAUUGCUCACGUCACAUCCUCUUCCUGAUUUUAGUUUGCUGGGACACGGCAUGCAUUCCCAUUGCAAGGGAACCGCUCCAGGGUCCGGAUAAACCGUGCCGAGACCAGCAGUUGUAACUGUGCCAGCGUAUGGUUCUCUGGUCCGUUUCAGGGUCCGGGAUGGGUUUACAGUGGUGUGGUCAGACUGCAUAAUACAUGAAUGUUCUAUCAAGCAGUCCAAUGAGUCAGGGGUGGACUGGGACUGAAAAGCAGAACUGGACUUCUUCUUUCGUCCUCUUCUCCAAUGGACCAACCCGAUGCUGGUCCUCCAGUCCACUGGUGACAAACAGAACAUCCUCUCAGCAUGUCAGUGCCAGGUUUACAGUUCAACACUUUCUGUUGAAACAGGAGCUUAAAAUGUUUUCAUCCUGACACCUUCCUGCUGUCCCUCAGCAUCUGUCCUGCAGCUUUUCAUCAUCGUUUCAUCAUCGUUAGAAUAAAUAAGACUCAAGAAAUAAAUGUUGGGUCAUUAUCACCACAUGUAGGCACAUUUUAAUAUCUUUGUUACUUGACCAUGGAACAUGGAGCUUUUUUUGGCCUUCUGCUGUUGCAAACGUGGAGAUCAGGUGUUCCAAUCUCUUCCAUGGCCACGGGUGUAUAAAGUCAACCACCUAGGCCUGCAGAUUGUUUCUACAAACAUUUGUGAAAGGAUGGGCUGCUCAUGGGAAUUCCAGCGAGGUAUUGUGAUAGGAUGCCAGAUGUGCAAUAAGUCAAGUUGUGAAAUGUCCUUGCUCCUACAUAUUCCGCUGUCAGUGUUAAAAGAAAAUGGAAGCGAUUGGGAAUGACAGCAACUCUUCCACGAAGCAGUUGGCUACUGUAUGUAAACUGAUGGUGGCGGGGCAGCGGAAGCUGACCUGCAUAGUGCGCAGAGGUCAACUUUCUGCAGAGUCACUUGCUAUAGACCUCCAAACUUCAUUUGGCCUUCAGAUUAGCUCAAGAACAGUGUGUAGAUGGCUUCAUGGACAGGGUUUCCAUGGCUGAGCAGCUGCAUCCAAGCCAUACAUCAUCCAGUGCAAAGCGUCAGAUACAGAGGUGUAAAGCCUGACGCCACUGGAGCAGUGGAGGCGUGUUCUCCAUCUGGCAAUCUGAUGGAUGAGUCUGGGUUUGGUGGUUCCCUAGAGAACGGUACAUGUCUGACUGUAGUGUAAAGUUUGGUAGAGGGAGCAUUAUGCUGUGGGGUUGUUUUUCAGGAGCUGGGCUUGGUCCCUUGGUUCCAGUGAAAGGAACUCUUAAUGCUUCAGUAGACCAAGAGAUUUUGAACAACUCCAUGCUCCCAGCUUUAUGGGAACAGUUUGGAGAUGGCCCCUUCAUAUUCCAACAUGACAGAUGUUGUGGAAAAAUUUCCAUUUACCAAGAGAAGAGAGCAGAGAUCGUCACUCAAGUCAGCUUUAUUGAUUACCAAGCGCAUGGGAGAGCAGUCAGACAGCGCCCAUUUCUGCAAUAAAAUGUUUUUAGUGGUUUGAUGUAAUAUUCUAAUCUUAAAUGACGUGCUUUCAUUGGCUGGAAGCAGAAAAUCAUCCUAAUUAACAGAAACAAAGGCUUGAAAACAUCAGUCCAUGGAGUUAAUCUGUAUAAUUGUUACUGGAAUAAAUGAGCUGUUCAGUAAUAAUCUCAUUUAUUUGAAUGUGACUGUAUUUACACACAGCUAGACCUUUAUGUACAGGAUAAAUGCACCUGACAUUUAAAACAGCGAUGUGUAAACUAUGAGAGCGACUGUACUGUGGCAAUCCAAACAGGUCCAGGUUUUAUGACUGACAAACAUCUACC